AUGGAUCUCACUAGAUCGGCUAUCGCUUUUGAAGGGAAAUUUUCGAAUUUUCGGAGGCCAGGUUUUUGUCGCCUCGACUCUUUUGCAAUGGCGCCUCGAUUCAGCUUCUAUGCGGUGGCCAAUGGACGGAAUACUGGCAUCUACUCAUCUUGGGACGAGUGCAAGAAACAAGUUGAUGGCUAUGCAAAUGCCAAGUUUAAGAAGUUUGGCACUAAAAUGGAAGCGCUUGAUUUCAUUCGAGAACAUGAUCAGCUAAAGGUUUGUACAAAAGUCAUCCUGAAGAAAAAACAAGAGUAUGAGCGGCGGGCAUCAACGAAAUCUGGGGAUGGCUACGAAAGAAACACCGCCGGAUUCGUGGUGGUUUACACGGAUGGUGCUUGCUCGAACAACAACAAGCGAUCAAAAGCUUUGGCUGGUUAUGGAGUUUUCUGGAACGUUGAUCACCCAGCUAAUGAAAGUGGACCGGUGACUGGUGAACAGACAAACAAUCGAGGAGAGGUCACAGCCGUAAUUAGAGCUAUCGAAAUUGCGAUGAAGAAUGGUCUUGAUGCGCUUUGUGUUCGCACUGAUUCACAGUUUCUGAUCGACUCUAUGACUAAAUGGGUGAAAGGUUGGAGAAAGAAUGGGUGGAAAACGGUCUCCGGGGAACCAGUGAAAAACAUCGAAUUGAUGAAGAGGUUGGACGAGUUGACGCAAUCGAUUCGGGUUGUUUACGAGAAAGUCCCGGCGCACUCGGGUGUUUAUGGGAAUGAGAUGGCCGAUCGACUUGCUACACAAGCAGUCAAGAAAGCAAAAAAGCAAAAGCAAACAAAU